AUGCAAAAGCAAAUUUUAUGUAUAAUAAAGAUAAUGAAUUAUACGAUGAUGCAGAAGUAAAAUUUAAAUUUUACAAAGAGUUACAAGAGAAACUAGGUACAACGUUAAUAAUUCAAAUAACUGUUGAAGAAAUCAAACAGAGGUGUUCUGAUCUUAGACAAGCAUUUUGUAAAAUAGACAAUAAAUAUCUACGAAAGGAAAAUGUGACUUAUUGGGAAAUAAGAUGCAUUUCCAGUAUAAGAAAUCAUUAUGAAAAUAAAACUACUCUACAUAAGGGUAACGAGGAGUCUUCAUCAAAGUUUAAACGUAAAGCAUUAAACAAUUCUGCAGCAAGCUUGCAUCACUGUGUAAUUCUCAACGAUCCUAUCAAGUCUUUACCUACCACUAAAUUAAAAAUGAUUAGACUCCAAAAGAUAUUAAGAAGCAUUGAACAGUUUUCAAAGCGUCAAAUGAAGUGAUCUUUCUACGUUAUUAUUAGA